GCAUCCGUGGGUGAUGUACGUGCUAUGCCAGCACGAUUGCCCGGGUACGCGCCGGACACAAGCUUCGUCAACUUCCACGUGACGGAGAUAACAUGCCCGGCGCCUUGGGACUGCCAGCCCAGAUCCGUGACCAGGACCACGUGUGAUGAUCUACGUCACCAGCACCCAGCGCCGCCUCACAUUGUCCAUCGGUCUUCUUGCAUCCGUGGGUGAUGUACGUGCUAUGCCAGCACGAUUGCCCGGGUACGCGCCGGACACAAGCUUCGUCAACUUCCACGUGACGGAGAUAACAUGCCCGGCGCCUUGGGACUGCCAGCCCAGAUCCGUGACCAGGACCACGUGUGAUGAUCUACGUCACCAGCACCCAGCGCCGCCUCACAGUGCGCCUAUAAGUAGCCUGCCUCCUCGCAGUGCGUCCAUUGGGCACGGCGGCACCGGCGAAAUGACGGUCACUAACCCGUUUGUCUUCAUCGUGCAGGUAAGAAGACAAUACGAUUACUGUAUACGUUCUGGUGACCCAUUUUUGCUGGUGCUGCCGUGCCCUCGGCUUUGCUGUGCAUUUGCGAGUGUGUUGCUAUUUUUAAGAAAGCUUCUUUUGCUAGCAGGAGAUAUUGAAAGUAAUCCGGGACCUGAUCUAGCACAAAUCGCAAAGCAGUUGAAGGAAGUUGCCGUCGAUAUCAAAGAAAUUAAAGAGGGGCGGCUUGCUGAUAUGGAUAAAAAGUUAGAUGCCCUGUCGCGCCUUGAACCGAAGAUAACUUCAUGCGUAAAACAAAUAGAAGACAUGCAUCUGAUUACCAAAAAUUUGGAAAAACGAAUGGACGACCUGGAAAACCAGAGUAGAAGGUCCAAUAUUAUAGUAUACGGCUUAGCGGAAACAGAACAGGAGAACAGUGAAAAGUUGGAACAAGCUGCAGCAGUUGAAGCAACUGCUCACAAGCCUCCGUACUGUUGCCAGAGUGUCCAAGGACCCAAGCAUCUCCCAGACGGCGGCUUCACCGAGCAGGAGCGCACCACUAUGCUUCAGCCUGCGCAAGCGUUGUUUGUGAACAGCGGCGCACUUUACUUCCUGGAGCAGCUGAAUAGGUUCAGGCACCAUCACUGCACAGGUGGCUCCACCUUCGACGUGGUGGCUACCCCUGAGCAUGCCAAAACCACGGGAUGUGUCGUCACGGUGGUGCUCUUGGACGUCGGAACUCGCGCUGAAGAGAAGAUUUCAAAAAUAUUCAACCACGCCUUCCUGACUGGUAGAACCGUGCAGGCAGCAGUUGAAGCAACUGCUCACAAGCCUCCGUACUGUUGCCAGAGUGUCCAAGGACCCAAGCAUCUCCCAGACGGCGGCUUCACCGAGCAGGAGCGCACCACUAUGCUUCAGCCUGCGCAAGCGUUGUUUGUGAACAGCGGCGCACUUGUACGCUAA